AUGUGCAACCUCUGCAUUUUGUUAUUAUUGUGCUGCUGUGCUGCGACUUAUGCCGCUGAAAUAUUAUUUAUCAUAUCUUGUCCAUCAAGUGGACGCCACAAUUGCCGUGCGUUGCGUCAAAAUUUGUGGCAGCAGCAGCAGCAAGAGCAAGUGAUAGCCACAGAUUAUGCCAUUAAGGUGCACAUAAUUCAUGAACUAUUCAAUUACUGGACAUUGCUUGAUGCGCUGCCGCAUUUGCGAAGCCAGACACGUUUGCUAAACGCGCACACCGAUUGGAUUAUUUGGUGUCAGCACAACACGCACGUGUCCUCGCUGCGUUUGCUGCUCGACCAGCUACAGCGCCAGGAUGCUCAAGAGUUGGCCUAUUACGGACACGCCUUGCACGACGCCGAGGCGACCAUUGUGCAUCACUUUGCACACUACAAGAAUCCAACAUGGUUUCCAUAUCCCUUGCUUAGCGCUGGCGUUGUUUUCACCGGAACACUGCUGCGGAGUCUGGCCGAACUUGUUGCUGUUAAUGCAACGAAUGUGAAAAGGCGCAGUGAAUUUGCCAUUGAUGCUGCACAUGAGUUGGCCCGAUUCAUUUUCGAUAAUUUAACACCUCGCCCUAACGACAAUGAUGCUGACGAUGCUGACAAAGGACACAAAUACGAAGGCGAUGAAGACAUAGGGAACAUGUUACAGCUACAGCGUAAAAUAAUUUUGAAAAGUGCUGCCUACAUUUGUCCCUCGACGUACUUGUCGCCAGCAGCCUCAGAGACGCAGUCAGCAGGCGCAACCUCCCCCACCACUGCGCCCUGUGUGCUGCAUGCAAAACAGGAUGCGGCCUUGGGGUCCUUGGCAGACGCCAGCGAACAUGCGCUGCCUGCAUGUGUGCAUACAAGAGGGACACACAUCUAUUUUGCAAUCAAAACCUGUGCGAAAUUCCAUAAGGAGCGUAUACCAAUCAUCGAGCGUACCUGGGCGCAGGAGGCGCCACAACGCACAUACUACAGCGAUGUGGCAGAUGGCAGCAUACCAACAAUUAGCACUGGACUGCCCAAUGUGCCAACAGGACAUUGUGCCAAAACACUGAAAAUUUUACAAUUAUCGCUGCAGGAUAUCGAACGGCGACAGCGCCAGGAUAUACGCUGGCUCAUGCUCGUGGACGAUGAUACGCUGCUGAGCGUGCCACGCUUGAGUGUGCUGCUGAGCUGCUACAAUCACAGCGAACUGAUUUAUCUGGGCGAACGCUAUGGCUAUCGACUGCAUGCCGCCGAUGGCUUCAAUUAUCAUACGGGCGGAGCGGGCAUUGCGUUCAGUUUGCCGCUGCUGCGGCUGCUGCUGCAGCGCUGCAGUUGUCCGGCGCCAGCAGCUCCGGACGACAUGAUACUCGGCUACUGUCUGCAGGCGCUGGGUGUGGCUGCAUUGCAUGCGCCGCAGCUGCAUCAGGCGAGGCCACAGGACUAUGCAGCGGAACUGCUGCAACAGCUGCCGCCCCCCAUAUCCUUUCACAAAUUCCAGCUCACAACGCCGGAGUACACAUACCAGCGUUGGCUCAACGGCAGCCUAGCUGCCAAUCAUAGUCGCAUCCAAGCAGCAGCAGCAGCUCCAGUCAAUGACUCACAACUGGAAUCCUGCUCACGCACACAGACAAAGCGUUGCACUGAUUUGUGAGCGCUACUUA